AUGCCCCUAGAAAACCUCUGGAAGACUCCAGGAAAACCCCAGGAAGACCACAGGAAGACCUCAGGAAGACCCCAGGAAGACCCCAGGAAGACCACAGGAAGACCUCAUGAAGACCCCAGGAAGACCUCAGGAAGACCUCAGGAAGACCCCAGGAAGACCCCAGGAAGACCACAGGAAGACCUCAGGAAGACCACAGGAAGACCCCAGGAAGACCCCAGGAAGACCUCAGGAAGACCCCAGGAAGACCCCAGGAAGACCACAGGAAGACCUCAUGAAGACCCCAGGAAGACCUCAGGAAGACCUCAUGAAGACCCCAGGAAGACCCCAGGAAGACCUCCGGAAGACCUCAGGAAGACCCUAGGAAGACCUCAGGAAGACCCCAGGAAGACUCCAGGAAGACUCCAGGAAGACCCUAGGAAGACCCCAGGAAGACCACAGGAAGACCCCAGGAAGACCACAGGAAGACCCCAGGAAGACCCCAGGAAGACCUCAGGAAGACCUCAGGAAGACCCUAGGAAGACCUCAGGAAGACCCCAGGAAGACUCCAGGAAGACCCUAGGAAGACCCCAGGAAGACCCCAGGAAGACCUCAGGAAGACCCCAGGAAGACCUCAGGAAGACCUCGGGAAGACCCCGGGAAGACCUCGGGAAGACCCCGGGAAGACCUCGGGAAGACUCCAGGAAGACCCCAGGAAGACCCUAG